UACAUUUAUCGUUAUCGAGACGACAACAUCGUUGCUGUGGUGUGCAAAGCAAAUUUAGAUGCUUUUUUGGCCGUGGAUUUAUUAGCUUUAAUUGUGAAAUUCAAGUGAAGUGAAGUGUGUAACAUGGACGAAACGUCGCGACAACACAUCGAUGACUAUUGUUUCCUGCGCACGCCCAACGAUGCACGCACAACCAAUGUGCCGGCUGUGCCGAAAUCCGUACAGGAGAAUGCAGCCCGUAAAACGGAGUUGCAUGUGCUGCGUCUCAGCGAAGAGUCACAACAGCAAACCAUGGACACGUUGCGUGCCAUUCACGGUCCAGACUUUAAGCUGGACGACAUCACCAAAUACAAGGAUCGGGGUCGCGGAGGCGGCGGGAUUAAGCACGCCUACUGGGAGGAUCGUGGCACGCUGCAGGUGCAAAGUGUGCAAGGUGUCAAGGCCCUCAACGGCAGCAGCUCGGCGGACGACGAUCGUUUGCGUCGCUAUGCGCUGCUCAAGCUCGAGAACUACGGUUUCCAUGCGACGCACUGCAUCGAAGCCUACGAUCACUGCAACUACGACACAGAGGCGGCUCUCCUGCUGCUCUACAGACGCUACAUGCGCGUGCCAGGCGAUGAGAAGCCCGCUCUAGAGCCGCCCAGUGAAGCCGAGUUGCUGGACAUGCGUGCAGACGAGAAAGAAGCACUCGAAUCGAUUUACGAUCGCGCAUACGAGGAACGUGAACGCAACAGUGUCUGGAAUUUGAAAUUCAAAAUUGAGCAUCUGCUGGCGCACAGUCCCUCCGAGGUGCGCAAAGCACGUGAAGCGGCGCUGGCGGCCGCAGCAGCCGUACGUCAGGCUGAGCUGGACAAGAAAAAGAAGGCGCCGCAACGCUGUCGCAACUUUGAUCGCGACGGCACCUGCAAAUAUGGCCCCAAAUGCCGGUUUGCCCAUGUGCCGCCCCAACCCAGCAGCAGCAGCGAUGUCGGCCAGCUGUCGACGCCGGAGCGCAAGCGUCUCGAUCUCGAUGAGAACGAGAACGAAUUGUGGUUUCAUGUGGAGGUGCGUUUCCCGCCCGGCAGUCGCUAUCCCUACGAGGCGCCGUUCAUCUACCUGAAAACCACCUGCCACGAUAUACCCCAUGAGCUGCGGCUACGCUACGCUCGCCAUUUGUAUCGCGAGGCACGGGAAAUUUGUCGCGACGGCAUUCCGUGUGUGUACAGCGUCUGUGAGCUGCUGCAGACGGACGAGCAGCUGGCUGGGCACCUGGAUACCGCACCGUUUCCCUCGCUAAAGCGUUCGCUGUUCUAUGAUGAGCCCGCCAAUGGCUUGGAUGACGAUGGCAAUGCCGAGAUUGCUGCCAAACCGCGUCCCACGCACUACGAGCGUGGUCAGACGUCGCGCCAAGACGGCGCAGCUCAACAGCGCAGCGCUGCCGCGCUGGCCAAGGAGAAUCGCCGCCUGGUGCAGUUGUAUCAGGAUCGGCGACGCGACGAACGCUAUCACAAGGUGAUCGAGGGCCGUCGACAGUUGCCAGCGUUUGCCGAAAUGGAACGCAUACUGGCGCUGAUUGAGAGCUCGCCGGUCGUCGUCAUCUCUGGCGAAACGGGCUGUGGCAAGAGCACCCAGGUGCCGCAAUUCAUACUCGACAAUUGGUUCUUCCAGGCACUGCAGCAGCCGGUUAAAGCGGACCUGCCCCACGUCGAGAUCAUUUGCACGCAACCGCGACGCCUCUCAGCGAUUGGUGUCGCGGAGCGUGUGGCGGCCGAGCGCUUGGAUCGCAUCGGGCAGCUGGUCGGCUAUCAGAUACGGCUGGAGAACAAGAUCUCGGCGAGCACGCGUCUCAGUUUCUGCACCACGGGCAUUCUGUUGCGUCGCCUUGCCUCCGAUCCGCUGCUCGGCAGCGUCACGCACGUCAUUGUCGAUGAGGUGCACGAACGCUCGGAGGAAUCGGAUUUUCUGCUCCUCAUACUCAAGCAUCUGUUGCGCUCACGGCCCGAUUUGAAAGUCAUACUCAUGUCCGCCACCCUGAAUGCGUCGCUCUUUUCCAAUUACUUUGGCGGUGCACCGGUGCUCGACAUUCCGGGACGCACGUUUCCCGUGCAGCAGCUCUUCCUCGAGGACAUUGUGGAGGCGAGUGAUUUUGUCAUGGAAUGCGACACCAAGUUUUGUCGCAAGCUCAAGAAGAAGGAGCAGGAUGUGCUCCAGAUGGAGCUCGAAUUCGCCGAUGUCCAGGCCUCGGGCGAGCCUCCGGGACAAAAGAUCAAGGACGAGAAGCUGACACUGGCGGAAACCUAUCUGCGUUAUGCGGACUACAGCAAGACGACGUGCAAGAGCAUCUACCUCAUGGAGCCCAUGCUGAUCAAUCCGGAGCUAAUCGAGUCGGUGCUAAAGUACAUUGUGGAGGGCGAACACGAUUGGCCACGCGAGGGCAGCAUACUCAUCUUUUUGCCCGGCUUCCAGGAGAUACAAACGGUUCACGAUGCACUCCUCGAUAGCUCGAUCUUCUCGCCGCGUGCCGGCAAAUUUGUGCUUGUGCCACUGCACUCGGCACUCUCGAGCGAGGAUCAGGCGCUGGUCUUCAAGCGUGCGCCGCCGGGCAAGCGAAAAAUUGUGCUGAGCACGAACAUUGCCGAGACAUCGGUGACCAUCGAUGAUUGUGUGUUUGUCAUCGACUGCGGCCUGAUGAAGGAGAAAUGCUUUGACUCCAAUCGCAACAUGGAAUCCCUCGACUUGGUUUGGGUGUCCAGAGCGAAUGCCAAACAGCGCAAAGGUCGCGCCGGACGUGUCAUGCCCGGCGUUUGCAUACAUCUCUAUACGAGUUUUCGCUAUCAUCAGCACAUAUUGGCGCAACCGGUGCCGGAGAUCCAGCGUGUGCCGCUCGAGCAGAUUGUGCUGCGCAUUAAGACGCUGCAAACGUUUGCCACACGCAACACGCUCUCCGUCCUGCUGGAGACACUUGAGGCGCCCACCGAGGACAGCGUCUUGGGUGCCCUGAUGCGGUUGCGCGAUGUCGGCGCCUUGGAUGCCGAGGAUCAGUUGACGCCGCUGGGUCAUCAUUUGGCCGCGUUGCCCGUGGACGUGCGCAUUGGCAAGCUGAUGUUGUACGGCGCCAUCUUCCAGUGCCUGGACAGUGUGCUCACCAUUGCCGCCUGCCUGGGCAACAAGUCGCCAUUCGUCAGUCCGCUUAACAAGCGCGUGGAGGCCGAUAAAUGCAAGCGCAACUUUGCCCUGGGCAACAGCGAUCAUCUCACGGUGCUCAAUGCGUAUAGGAAAUGGCUGGAUGUCUCGAAGCGUGGCAAUUAUGGCGCCAGUCGUAACUAUGCCAACGAGAACUUUUUGUCGCUGAACACGCUGGAAACAAUUGCGGACCUGAAGUAUCAGUACCUGGAACUGCUCGUCUCUAUUGGCUUUGUGCCCGUCAAUGUGCCGCGUCGUCGCAAGAACGCCAGCGACAACAUCCUGCAGCUGACAGGUGCGGAGGCAAAUCUGAAUGGCGAGAACAAUCGCUUGCUUACGUCGCUGCUUUGCGCUGCAUUGUAUCCGAACAUUGUGAAGAUUAUGACACCAGAGCGCGUCUACAUUCAAACAGCAGGCGGCGCUGUGCCUCGCGAGCCCAGCCAUCUGGAUUUGCGCUUCAAGACUAAAGGCGAUGGCUAUGUGCGCAUUCAUCCGUCGUCUGUCAACUCGCAGGUGGCGACGUUUCAGGCACCGUUUCUUGUCUACCAGGAGAAGGUGCGCACCAGCUCCAUCUACAUACGCGAUUGCUCCAUGUUGCCACUGAUUGCUCUCGUGCUGUUUGCUGGCUCCGAUUUUAAAGUGGAACUGCAUGAUGGUGAUUUUCUGUUUCUACUCGAAAGCGGUUGGAUCAUCUUAAAGGCCCACAACUUGGAGACGGCCGAAAUGGUGCAAUGUCUGCGCACGGAGUUGAUCAAGUUGCUCGAGGAGAAGAUACGCGAUCCCUGCCUAAAUCUAUUGCACCAUCAAAAUGGCUGCAAAAUCAUCUCCAACAUUGCCUACUUGAUCAGCAACAAUAGCUGAAACUGAUAUUGAAACUGACGCCCAGUCGCAGUCGCCAGACUUCUUUGUGUUCUUCCAUAGACCAAUUUGAUGUACGUUUAAAGUAGCCAAAUUAGGCAUGCAAACAGUUUACGUGUAAUUAAUAUAUUGUACAAACGAAACAACAAA